AAAACAAAGUCUCUCCCACACUCUGCUCCGCCUUCUAUCUCUUUCGGAGAGCAGAGCGAGAUUCUCUCUCUCUCUCUCUCUAAAUUCGUUUCUCUCUCUCUCAUGGACCCUUGCCGGCGGCCGGGUUUUGAAUCAGUCCAGAAGUGCAGCUGUUUAAGAAUUAAAUAAGAAUUUUGGCGUAGAGUUUUUGGUGCAAAAAGAAGAAUAUUAUGGCGGCGAUUUUGAAUUCUUGGUUUCUUCUGUGGUUUGCUAUGGUGGUGGCGUUACAGGUGAGUCACCACCACCGCGUCAACUCGGAGCCAACUCAGGACAAGCAAGCACUCCUUGCUUUCCUGUCGAGGGUCCCACACGAGGGCAGGGUCCAGUGGAACGCCUCCGUCUCUGCGUGCACGUGGGUGGGCGUGCAAUGUGAUGAUAACCAGUCGUUUGUAUUCGCUCUCCGGCUUCCCGGCGUCGGCUUGGUGGGGAAUAUUCCGGCGAAUACGCUGGGACGCCUGAGCCGGCUUCGGGUUCUUAGCCUCCGGUCCAACCGGCUCACCGGUCCAAUCCCGCAGGAUUUCUCUAACCUCAAGCUCCUCCGUAGCCUCUAUCUCCAGAACAACUUGCUCUCCGGCGGGUUUCCGGCGAGUAUCACCGGGGUGACCCGACUUAUCCGCCUUGACAUGUCAUCUAACAACUUUUCCGGGCCAAUCCCGUUCGCCGUCAACAAUUUAAGCAAUUUGACUCGGCUUUACUUGCAGAACAAUGGCUUUAAUGGGACACUCCCUAGCAUCAAUCCUUUAAGGUUAACUGAUUUCAAUGUUUCGAACAAUCGCCUAAAUGGGUCUAUUCCCACUACACUAUCCAAGUUUCCGGCGUCUUCUUUCGCCGGAAACCUCCAGCUCUGCGGCGGCCCAUUGCCGUCUUGCUCCCCGUUCUUCCCUUCUCCCACGCCUUCUCCUUCACUCCAGCCCAAUAUCCCUACGGAGCAUAAGAAAUCCAAGAAGCUCUCCACCGGCGCCAUUGUCGGGAUUGUGGUUGGCUCAGUAGCCGCCUUUCUCCUCUUAUUACUCAUCCUCUUCCUCUGUCUACGAAAAAGUAGGAAUAGAACAGGGGAGGCAGCAAAAACGCAGAAGCCUUCGACGGUCACCCGAGCGGCGGCGGCGGCCGGGGAGGCCGGAACGUCGUCGUCAAAGGACGACGUCACCGGAGGGUCAGUGGAAGGGGAGAGGAACAAGCUGGUGUUCUUCAACGGUGGAGGCUAUAGUUUCGAUCUGGAGGACCUGUUGAGGGCGUCGGCGGAGGUUCUGGGGAAAGGCAGCGUCGGAACUAGCUACAAGGCGGUGCUGGAGGAGGGAACCACGGUGGUCGUGAAGCGGCUGAAAGACGUGGCGGUUAGCCGGAAAGAGUUUGAGCAGCAUUUGGAAGGUUUGGGGAAGCUGAAAAACGAGAAUGUGCUUCCAUUAAGAGCUUUUUACUUCUCAAAAGAUGAGAAAUUGUUAGUCUUUGAUUACAUGCCUGCCGGAAGCUUAUCUGCUCUUCUUCAUGGUAGUAGAGGGUCUGGGCGAACGCCACUAGACUGGGAUACGAGAAUGAAAAUUGCGUUGUGUGCGGCGAGAGGCCUUGCGUAUCUUCACGCGGGAGGGAAGGUAGUGCAUGGCAACAUAAAGGCGUCAAAUAUCUUGCUCAAGCAGGACAAUCACGAGGCCUGUCUAGCGGAUUAUGGAUUGAACCCGUUGUUUUCCAGCUCGACGCCGGUCAACCACAGGGUCGCAGGGUAUCGGGCCCCAGAGGUGCUCGAGACCCGAAAGGUCACGUUUAAGUCAGAUGUGUACAGCUACGGGGUUUUGUUGUUGGAGCUUCUAACGGGCAAAUCGCCCAACCAGGCUUCGUUAGGCGAGGAGGGCAUUGAUUUGCCCCGAUGGGUUCAAAGCGUCGUUAGGGAGGAAUGGACCGCCGAAGUGUUUGAUGUCGAGCUAAUGAGGUAUCACAAUGUGGAAGAAGAGAUGGUGCAACUACUCCAGAUUGGAAUGGCAUGUGUUGCCAUGGUUCCCGACCAGAGACCCUCGAUGCCGGAUGUGGUGAGGAUGAUGGAGGAGAUAAACCGCGGGGGCGAAACGGACGAUGGAUUGCGACGACAAUCCUCCGAUGAUCCAUCGAAAGGGUCCGACAUCCAAACACCUCCUCAGGAACCCCGAGCUUCACCUCCAUAGGAUCAAAGCAAAACAACAUAAGCUAUUGUUGAAAUCUGCUGGAAGGCUAUUCAGUCAAGUAUAUUACUUCCAUUUUUUUGUUUUCCUUUUUUCAAGAAAAUUGUGCAGUGAAAUUGAUAGAGAUAAUGGUAGUUUGCAGGAGGAAAAAAAAAAAAAAAAGAGUGUUGAAUAUGAAGUGAUUGGAGUUGACCAUUUGAUGUAUUCAGUUGUUCCUUUUAUCAUCUGAUUCUUUUUGUUCAAAAACUUUAUUAAGAAUAUAUGCUUCUUUGCAUUUGGCCUU